GUAGUUGCUCAAGAAACUCAUGUUAGUCUACUUUUGGCUGUUACGCAGAUUGUUCGUAUCGUUCGUUCGUUCGUUCUGUGUGUCGUGUCUGUCUUUGGUCUCUGGUCGCUCUGCUCCGCCGCUGUGCCUGCUGCCUCUGUCAGUUGCCAGCAGUGCCAGUGCCUCUGUCAGUGCCAGUGCCAUCGCUAGCGCCUGUCGUGCCGCUGCUUCGCCUCGAAAUAUCCAUUCAGUGUGCGUUCGCAUUGCAUUGGCUCGUCGUCUGCGUCUUCGUCUGCGUUGCGUCUUCGUCUUCGUCUACGACUACGACUUCGCUCUCCGCCUCCACCUCCGCCUACAACGCCUACGACAUCAACAUCUCUCGCCUACGACAACUUCGUCUUCGUCUUCUCCUUCGACUUCGCCGCGGUCAUCCAGAAUUUAAAAAAACAACAAAAUAAAGAAAAGUCUGGGCAUCAGCAUAAACAACAUAUAAACAGCAGGCGCUUAGAUUUCUGGGAGUUGCAAAGCUCUCAAUUCUCAGCCAGCAAUCGAAAACUAUACGACUCUGGGAUUGCUCAAAACGUUCAAUCGUUCAACCGUUUAACCGUCGGCAAAUGCGAAAUGUGUCAAAUCGGCAACAAAACGGUUAAAUACGGUUAAAAACGGUUUUAAAAAAAAUAACAGUGCACAGCAAUACAUACAUACACUCACACAUACACGCCCUUAAAAGAGUGAUUAAUUAAAGCUAUUUUGUUCGAUAUCGAAAUACAAAACAAAAAAAAUCAAAUAUAAAAAAAUAACAAAUGAAAAAAGUAUAUUAUUUAAUGUAAUUAAUUAAAUGCUUAAAACACAAUUAGGAGACCAGCAAACAAAUUAAUGCAAAAGUUGUGCCAAUUCUUAUUGAAUCGUAUUGAAUUGAAUUGAAUUGGGAAUUGUGUGAGCUUCGAGUUUCGAGUGCGGUUUUCGAUUCGUGUCGUGUCGUGCGCUUUAAGAAUAAUUAUUAGUUCGACUUGAAAAGCAAAUCUAAAUUAAAUGACAGUGCACAGUAAUGAAACCGGUGUCUGUUUAGUAAUGAAUGCCGUUUCAACUCGCCUUGCUGCCUCAUCGCCUACCACACCCUCCACAAACGCCGCACAGACGCCACAUCCUCCACAGCCGCCACAACCGUCAUCGUUGUCGUCGUCGUCGUCGUCAACCUUGCCGCCGUUGCAUUCAUCGUCCGGCUCGAGCCACGGGCACGGCCUCGGCAUCGGCUCCGGUCCGGGGCCAACGCUCACCGCCGCCGUUGUCGCCGCUGCCGCCGGCUUGCCGAGCAGCGUGCCCCUGCCAUUGACCGUACCCGGUUCCGGUUCCGGCAUGGUCACCUCUACCGUACCGCCGGGUGCACGCUCCGGCUCUCCCUGUGCCGCUGCCGUGACGCCCUACGGCUCAGCUUCGGCGGGAAACAGCGCUGGACCAGGUCCAUCAUCGCUACCCAAUGUGGGCGUUGGACCGCCGCCUCCUGGAGGACCGCCGGCUCCUGGGUCGGGUAACCCGAAUCCAAAUCGCUGUUGCGACACUGGACGCACCAUCUACACGGAUCCCGUUAGCGGACAGACAAUUUGCUCCUGCCAGUACGACAUGUUGAACUAUCAGCGUCUGGCCGCCGCCGGUGGACUUGUUCCUGGACCAGGAGGCGUACCGCUCGGCGUCUAUCCCGAGGGCAUGUCCGCCUACCUCUCCGGCAUUGCCGCCGAUCAGCCACCAUUCUACGCCAAUCCGGCUGGCAUCGAUUUAAAGGAAAAUUUGGUAGCAGGCGGUGCACCUUGGCCAUAUCCCUCCAUGUAUCAUCCAUAUGAUGCGGCAUUCGCUGGAUAUCCCUUCAAUAGUUACGGCAUGGAUUUAAAUGGAGCUAGACGAAAGAAUGCCACACGGGAGACAACAUCCACAUUGAAGGCUUGGCUCAAUGAGCACAAAAAGAAUCCAUAUCCCACAAAGGGGGAGAAAAUAAUGCUAGCAAUUAUCACAAAAAUGACGCUCACUCAGGUUUCCACCUGGUUUGCAAAUGCGAGAAGAAGACUGAAAAAGGAGAACAAAAUGACAUGGGAGCCAAGGAAUCGUGUCGAUGAUGAUGAUGCCAAUAUCGAUGAUGAUGAUGAUAACGAUAAGAAUACGGAAGAUAAUGAUUUGUUAGAUGCAAAAGACUCUGGACUGGGCUCAAAUGACGACAAGGAUCGUAUGGGAAGACUGGGUGACAUGAUGACCGAUCGUCCCGGCGAGAGCAACAACAGUGAGUGGUCGGAAUCGCGGCCCGGUUCACCGAAUGGUUCGCCCGAUCUUUACGAUCGUCCUGGCACGCAUCCACUCUUCCAUCCCGCCACCCUGCAUCAUCACUUCCGGCCUCCGACAGGCUCUCCUCCGGACAUCGCAGCUUACCAUCAUCAUCAGCAGCAAUUACUGCAGCAACAUCAGCAGGCACAACAGAAUUCCCUGCAGACGGCAGUGGGCGGAACUGGGGGUAGUCUGACGGUGAAGCCAAGGAUCUGGUCACUGGCCGACAUGGCCAAGGAUGGCAAAGAGUCCAACUCAGCUCCGAAAGAGAAUUCUCCUGCAAGCGAGUUGCCACCGACACAGCCCGGAUUCUAUGGCCAUGCAGGUCAGCAUCAGCAUCCGUCUCCUGGCAAAAUACUCUCCCCACUGGCGGCACGCAUCCCCAACUAUGCGCCCUAUGUGCGUCCCGAUCUCUAUCGCGGCUUCUAUGGACCCGCGGCAGCAGCUGCCGCCCAUUUAAAUGCGCCCACGCAGGAGUUUCUGGAGCAUCAGCGGCACUUUGGCGCCAGUUUGGCUGCCCACAAUGGCCUCGGCAUGAAUCCGUUGCUGUGGAAGGCAGCGGUGUCUGGGGCAGCCACCGGACAGCACUUUGCACCGCUCAGUUUGACGACCACGAGCAAUGCGGGGCAGGCACAGGUGGCGCCACCGCCGGGUGCAUCGCCGUCUGCCUCGAGCUCCUCCUCGUCGAUGGGUUGCGAUGUGGUGCAUAUUCCCACCAGUGGAGUGCAUACGACGGCACAGCAUAUGAUUGGUCCCAUUUCCAGCAAUUCAACAUCCUCGUCAUCCUCAUCCAAUUCGGGCAAGAUCUCGCCUGGCGUUAAUGUCACCUCGCUAAGCGGCAAGCCAUGACCCUCAUCGCUAUCAUUAUCAGCAUCAGCAUCAGCGUCCGCAUCCGCAUCCGCAUCCGCUUCCCCCGAUCCGUAUGCAUUGCCGCCGUCGGUUGCAAAUGGAACAACCGCUUCUCCGAUCUCGGCAUUCCGAUCGCUCUCAUUGAUCGCCAUACGGGAACAUCACCUGCAACAACAACAACAACAGCAGCAACAGCAGCAACAACAACAACAACAAGGACCUAAGCUGGCGUUGUUGAGGCCAUAACCUGAUGGUUUGAAUCAAGCAUAGAUCAGUUGAAAAGAGAGAGGGAGAGAGAGCAUCGAUCGGUCAACUUUCGGACAAUAAUUUACAUGUGAUUAUUCGGUAUUUUGAUUAACGCCGCUUACACCAAAUAGCAAAAAAUCAUCCCGCUCAGAGGAGCAGCGGUACCAUUGGCAUUGACUAAAAGCAACCGCAUCUGCAACCGCAACCGCAAUCGCAAGGACUUUGUGCAAUUUUUGUGGGAAUGAAAAAUCCUAAAUCUAAUUGAUAAUUGAUAACUGAUAAUUGAAAAUACAUUAAUUUUAAUACAUACAACUUAUGCAAUCAGAGCUUAUAGGAAGUAAAUUUGUAAGAGUUAGUGAAAAACGAUCCCCCAAUGACAUCAUCAGGACCAUUUCCCCCUUCCCCCCUCUCCCCUGAAACACUUCAUUAACAAUCUGAUCAUACAACAUUUAAUUCUUUGUUAACUUCAAUUGGCUUUCAAUGCGAUAGUGACGAUCCUUCCUUUGGGUGGACAUAGCAAACAUAUCAAUGUCGAACACGCUC